AUGGAAAAGCCGUCGAAACUGAGCAUUUUCGCUCGGCAUCGGUCUUCUCUGUUCGUCCUAGGUUCCCAAGUCGUGGCUGCUUUAUUGCAUGCACUCGCAAGACUUCUCGAAACGGGAUCCGAGAGAGUGCAUCCCUUCACCGUCCUCCAAAUCCGGCUCUUCAUAACUGUCAUAGGAAGCAGCUUGUACCUAUGGCGGACCCAAUCGCCUGGUUUCCCUUUGGGGCCACCUGAACUGAGGCCCCUAUUAGCCCUCCGAGCAGCCGGAGGUGUUCUCGGUGCUUGCGGGUUCUAUGUGUCGAUAUCCUAUCUGUCCCUCGGCGAAGCAACUGCACUCAACUUCUUGGCACCGCUUGGUGCCUUGAUCUUGACCAGGUUCGUGGACAAUGGCACCUUUACCCUACCAGACCGAGCCGCAUGCGGAUUCGCUCUCGUCGGCGUCGUCUUCGUUCUACAGCCCGAGUCCAUCUUUGGGACAACGGCGGCGGCCGCUAAGGACCCUACUAUCAACCCUACCAAUUAUUUGACCGGCAUAGCGUCUGGAAUUAUUGGAGUGACUGGCGGAAUCGUUGCGCUGUCAGCAAUCAGCCGGAUAGGGCCCCGUGUGCACCCGCUUCUCAGCGUCAACUGGUUCGGCAUCUGUGUUUGCAUAUUAACGACGGUGUGCUCCUUUUUCAUACCCGAAAUCGUCUUACCAACCAGUGCUCUGUCUUGGUGUUUGCUUGUGCUUUUGGGAUUCCUUGGCCUUGCCAUGGAAUACCUUCUUACGGCUGGAUUAUCAACCGAUGCAUCGUCGGGCGCGACUGUCAUGAUAUACUCGCAGGUUCUAUGGGCACUCUUGUUCGAUUGGAUCAUCUGGCACGUGCAUGUAAACUCUUUGACUUUACUGGGAUGUGUGGGUGUUAUCGUUAGCCUGUCAGUUGUAACCAUGUCCAAGGAGUUCUGGCCGCCGAGCGCCCCUUCGGACACCCUGAACUCUUACGAAGAGGAAUCAAGGCUCGACCCUGCGUUUGAAGAAGCAUACUCUGCGCAGAUCAGUCUUGGCUAG